GAGUUUCGGUAAUAACAUGACAUCAGAGCAUUCCUUAAUUAUAAAUAGGAUAGUCAUUCCAUUCAUUUCAAAGUAAAACAAAUACUAAGUGAUAUAAAAAGUAUCAAACCUCAUAAAAGAUUAAACGAAUGAUAUUAUAUACUAGUAUUCGUGAUGUGGAGAGCAAAAGGCGCUGCUAAUCUAAAAGAACCAUCACUCAAUUGCUUGAUCAAUAUCCAGCAUUCCAGUGUAUGGACGUAAGGAUUUCUCGGUGUGUUGAAUUCAAAUCACAUGUCUAUAUGGGGAACAAAUUAAGUUCCAACCAUUGCAAAACAAAACAAACAAAACAUAAUGAUUAUUUAAAACUGUAACUGUAUAUAUGGGGAACACAAUUUGAAAGUAAAAAUGGAAAAAAUAUAAGAUCCUAAACAACAAAAAUGGCGUCCGAUCAAAGCAGUCGUAAAUAUUUACAACAGGAAGAAUGUGUAGAAUACGAAAUCAAGGAGUUGAUCUCCACCUUACCUCGCCAAAACGGCUGGCUCGCAUCCUCUCUCUACCAAUACCAAGGCUUCUGGCACGCCGCAGCCUAUCUCCAAGGCCUCAUCUCAUGCCAGAACCAUUUCCAGGCUCGAGAUUCCGACGUUUUCCUCAUCACCACCCCCAAAUCCGGCACCACCUGGCUCAAAGCCCUCAUCUUCGCCUUGAUGAAUCGGAAACAAAACCCUAUCCCCUCCGCCACACACCCUCUCCUCACCCACAACCCUCACGACCUCGUCCCUUUCCUCGAGAUCAAGCUCUACGCAGAUAACCAGAAACCUGACAUCGCCUCCCUCCCUUCCCCGCGCCUCUUCUCCACCCACAUACCCUACGUCUCGUUACCGGAGUCCGUGAAAAGCGGCUCCCGAUGCAAGCUCGUCUACCUCUGCCGGAACCCUAAAGACACCUUCGUCUCCCUCUGGCACUUCACCAACAAGCUCAGGACUCCCGAGAUGGGAGCCAACAACAUCGGAGGGGUUUUCGACAGAUUCUGCAACGGAAUCAGCCUCUACGGGCCGUUUUGGGAUCAUGUUUUGGAGUAUUGGAAUUUGAGCAAGGACGAUCCUGAAGGAGCGAUGUUUCUUAAAUACGAGGAUAUGAAAGAGCAGCCUGGGGUUCAUAUACGGCGGCUGGCGGAGUUCUUGAACUGCCCUUUCACGGAGGAUGAAGAGGGAUUAGGGUUAGUGGAGGAGAUGUUGAGAUUGUGCAGCUUCGAUCAUCUGAGCUGCUUGGAGGUUAAUAAGAGUGGGAAGUUGUCGUCUGGGGAGGAGAACAAUGCCUUCUUUCGUCGCGGGGAGGUCGGAGAUUGGAAGAAUUAUUUGACUCCGGAGAUGGUCGAUCAAGUUGAUCGGAUCACAGCGAACAAGUUCUCGGGUUCCGGGUUGCAACUACGGUAAAGUAUAUUCCAAUAAUAUAUAUUCCAUUAAUUGAAAAAAGUACUCUGAAUUCCUAAAGACCAACUACAUGAAUAACUGUUGAAUCGAACUAGAAUUGAGCUCGAGCUCAAUAUAUCUCAACUACAAAUAAAUUUUGAACAUUUGAUGUUUAAUGCGUAAUUAAAAGUAAUUCGCUCCUUCAAGUUUAUAUGAAUUUUAAAAUUGGCUGUCAUUGUAUAUAUGGAAUUAGGGUCUGGUUAAAAUGCAUCAUAGGGUAAAAUAGUCAACUUGUUAUAACAUAAUAAUUUUUACGAUUUUUUUAUAUCAACAUAGUGUAUUAAAAAUAUCAACACAUUGACAUGAGAAUCUCAACACAAGUGUCAGAAAAUA